AUGUGGGGCGGGCUGCCCCGCUCAGUCAGGGAAGUACUCCUGCAGGGUGGAGUACGCCAGGGUGAUCAGGGUCAGGGUGUGCCCAAUGGAGAGCAGGCUGUCCAACAGAUCAAGGGACAGCCUGCCUCCCCCGACCCUCCCCUGGCCAGUCCUCCUGACCUACAGGGUUCCCGCUGCGGCGGUGGGGAAGGGUUAGUCUCUCCCUUCCCCACUGUGCGGUGGACGAGCCCUGCUCCCUCGUCCACCGCGGGGCUUUUGGCGCUCCUGUCCUCCUUCCCCUCCUGCCCUUCUCCCGGGCUGGGGACCGAGACCCACAGGCCCAGGCCGUCCGGCUCCGGGCUGGCCCCACCUGGCCAGCCGCAGCGGAGCCGGCCUCCUGCCAGGCUGGCCCCACCUGGCCAGCCUCAGCGGGGCCGGCCUCCUGUCCCGGGCUGGCCACCACCUGGCCAGCCUCGGCGGGGCCGGCCUCCUGCCCAGGCUGGCCCAGCCUCGGCGGGGCACCUCCUGUCCCAGGCUGGCCCCCCAGCCUCGGCGGGGCAGGCCUCCUGUCCCGGGCUGGCCCCCACCAGGCCAGCCUCGGUGGAGCAGGCCUCCUGUCCCGGGCUGGCCCCACCAGGCCAGCCUCGGCGGGGCCGUCAUCCUGCCCCGCCUUGGGGACAGGGCGGCCUGGGCCUUUACGGGGGGGUCUGGUCGGCUGCCCACUCUUUUGCCAUUGCAAAAGAGUACUGGGCAGCCCUGCCCCCCGCGAACACCCUGCCCCCUGGCCAGGCAGAGGAACAAGACGGCGUGCUGCCUCGCCGUCGUGCGCCUCACGCCUGCCAGGAGGUCUCUCAGGGUCAUCUCCUGGCAGAAGACUAUCCUGUCUCCUGCCAGGCACUCGACCCUGAUGGGUGUUUCCGGGUCUUUGGCGGCCAGUCUGCCCACCUUCAGACUGGCCGCCUGCUCCGACGCGAGGGGCUUUGCCCCCCCCUCGGUCCCCUUAGGGAAGGUGAAGGAGGCGAUGGAGCGCCUCCCCUUGCCGCAGCAGCCCGGUGA